AUGGCGACCUUAACAACCCCCCGAACCAACACCGGCCACACCGGCCUCGUCUUAGGCUACUCCUCCGCUCACCCCUUCUCAACGAUCCCCCUCUCCGACCGCACCUCCGUCCAAGACCUCCUCAAAGCCCUCCUCGACCCCCUCGAGCCCUUCUUCUCCCCUCUCAAAGCCCGCAUCCGCUGCCCCGGCGCCACAGCCGUGCGCUUUGACCAGACCGCCUCCGAGGUUGAGGGCAUCUGCCGUCCGCUAUGGGGUCUCGCAUGCUUGCUGGCUGGGGGAGGGGAAUAUCGCGGUACGCAGUGGUGGAUUGAUGGGAUUCGGGCGGGGACAGACCCCGAGGGGCCAGAGUUUUGGGGUUUUCCAAGGGAUAACGAUCAGAGGAUGGUGGAGAUGUGUCCGUUGGGGUUUGCGUUGGCUGUGGCGCCAACGAUUUGGGAGGGUCUGAGUGAGAGAGAGAGGGAAAAUGUCGAGAGGUGGCUGGGGAAUAGUAUCAAUGAGAAGGAGAUGCCCAACACCAAUUGGCUCUGGUUUCGUGUGUUUGCGAACUUAGGUUUGAAGAAGCGUGGCGCAAAGUUCUCUCAAGCCAGGCUGGAUGCUGAUAUUGAGCACCUCAACACCUUUUACCGCGGUGAUGGAUGGUCCAAUGACGGUCCCGAGGGCAUUCAUCAGAUGGACUAUUACUCGUCUAGCUUUGCUAUCCAUUUCCUGCAGCUCCUGUAUGCAAAACUCGCUGGCGACGAAGACCCUGAGAGGGCCGCCGAGUUCCGUAAACGGGCUCAAAUUGCCGCUUUGGACUUGGCUCACUACUAUGACGAGGAGGGCCGUUCCAUCCCCUUCGGCCGGAGUGUGGGCUACCGCUUCGCCAUGGUAUCCUUCUGGGGAGCGCUGGCCUACGCUGAUGUCGAGCUUCCGGCACCACUGACUUGGGGCAUGGUCAAGGGCAUCGUGCUCCGGCAUUUGCGAUGGUGGCAGACGCAGCAUGACAUCUGGAGCCCCAGCGGCACGCUGACCAUCGGGUACUCGUACCCGAAUAUGUAUAUGUCCGAGAACUACAACAGCCCCGGCAGUCCUUACUGGGCCUGCCUAGCCUUUAUCUGUCUUGCCGUCCCGGAGACCCAUCCCUUCUGGACCUCCCCCGAAGAAGAUCACUGGACAGUCAUUCCCCGCAUCAAAGCCCUCAAGCACCCCAAGCACAUCAUGAGCAACCUCGGCGGGCACUGCAUGCUGCUCUCCUCUGGCCAGGCUUGCUCGUACCCGAUGAAGGGAACCCACGCCAAGUACGGCUCGUUCGCGUACUCCUCUGCUUACGGUUACUCCGUACCUCCGGGAUUGUUCACUCUAGAGCAGUACGCUCUAGCCUCGCAGCUCGGCUUCUCCGAUGAUGGCGGCGAGUUCUGGAAGACGCGUCGCGUGUCCAAGUCCACGCUGGAAGAGCGCCCCGUUACCGGGCCGGUGCUUAUCUCGCAUUGGGAGCCUUUCCCUGAUGUUCAUGUCACUACGUACCUGCUCCCCCCAAGAGAAGAGACGCCGAACUGGCAUAUCCGUGUUCAUCGGAUCUCUGCCGGGCGUGAGGUUCUCACCGCAGACGGCUCGUUCGCCAUUAGCAACGAGAGGGCCCUUGACGGACGGUAUUUGGACCCCUACAACCCUGCCACAUAUGAAGGCACCAAGCCCAGGCUGAUGGGCAACUAUGACCCGCCGACCGACGAGGCCGUGGCACCGGCAAGGGAGGGCGCAUUCGCCGUGUCUUUGAAGGCUGGUGCCGUUGGUAUCAAGGCGCUUCCCGAUGAGAAGCCUGGCAGCGAGGAGAGAAGGGCUGUCAUGGUUAAUGCGGACCCGAACUCGAACUUGGUUGCAGCUAGGACGACUAUCCCGACGCUGCAGGGUGUUAUUAAGAAGGGUGAGACGGUGUGGUAUGUAGCCGGUAUCUAUGCGAAGCCGAAGGGGCCUAAGGAGCAGGCUUUGGAUGGCUGGGAUAAGCUGCCCGAGGUUCCGGCAUGGCUUAAGGAAGAGAUUGCAAAGGACAGUACUUGA